AAGAGUUAGAGGUGUAGAAACAGAGGAGAGGAGCAUAGAGGAAGGAGCAGAGAUAGAGACAGGUAUGGCUGUUAUUCUGUAGCCUCGUGUUGUAACCUGCACUGAUAUCCUGCUCUCACUUGGGAAGCCUCAUCAUCCGCAGAGCAAGAUGUCUCAGAGGAAAAGGAGCUUCACAUUCGGAGCUUAUGGAGGAGUUGACAAGACUUUCUCCAGGACCCGAAGCUUGUGGAAACAAGAUGGAAGGAUUCCUCGUAUCUCUGAUGAAGUAGAGCCUUCACUAGCACACUCCCAACCUCCAUUUCCUCUUCCUGCACUUUCACAGACCUCGGACCUGUUUGCCAUGAUUGAGAAGAUGCAGGGUUGCAGAAUGGAUGAGCAAAGAUGCCCCCUUCCUCCCCCCCUCAAAACAGAAGAGGACUACAUCCCUUAUCCCAGCGUUCACGAGGUUCUAGGUCGCACUAGUCCUUUUCCACUCAUCCUGCUUCCCCAGUUUGGAGGCUACUGGAUCGAGGGGACCAAUCAUGAGCCUAAAGAACCCCCAGAGGCAGCAAGCCCCGGCCCUUCCUCCCAGAUCAAACUGGAGACAAACAGCACCGCCAAAAUCUACAGGAAGCAAUUCAUGGGCAAGGAACACUUUAAUUAUUACACCAUGGAUGCUGCCCUGGGCCACUUGGUCCUCUCCAUGAAAUAUGAUGUCAUUGGGGAUCAGGAGCAUCUGCGCUUAAUGCUUCGCACAAAGAUAAAAACCUACCAUGAUGUGAUUCCAAUUUCCUGCCUCACCGAGUUCCCCAAUGUGGUUCAGAUGGCCAAGCUUGUUUGUGAAGAAGUAAACGUGGAUAGGUUUUAUCCUGUCCUCUACCCAAAGGCUUCAAGGCUUAUUGUCACCUUUGAUGAGCAUGUGAUCAGCAACAACUUCAAGUUUGGGGUUAUUUAUCAAAAGUUUGGCCAGACAACAGAAGAAGAGCUGUUUGGGAACAUGGAAGAAAGUCCCUCCUUUGUGGAGUUCUUGGAGUUUCUGGGCCACAAGAUUGAACUUCAUGACUUUAAAGGGUUUCGGGGUGGACUGGAUGUCACUCAUGGGCAGACGGGGACCGAAUCCGUCUACACCACUUUCCAUAAUAAGGAGAUAAUGUUCCAUGUGUCCACCAAGCUGCCUUAUACAGAAGGUGACUCACAACAGCUGCAGAGGAAGAGACACAUAGGCAAUGAUAUUGUAGCCAUCGUGUUCCAGGAGGAGAACACGCCCUUUGUACCAGACAUGAUCCAGUCCAACUUCCUCCAUGGGUACGUGGUGGUGCAGGUGGAGAACGCAUGUACGGACAAUGUCACCUACAAGGUGUCUGUGACAGCACGGGAUGAUGUACCUUUCUUUGGGCCCGCUCUGCCUGACCCUGCCGUUUUCAAAAAGGGCCCAGAGUUCCGGGAGUUCCUCUUCACCAAGCUCAUCAAUGCUGAGUACGCCUGUUACAAGGCUGAGAAGUUUGCAAAGCUCGAGGAGCGCACACGUUCAGCCCUGUUGGAGACUCUGUACGAGGAGCUGCAUUUCAACAGCCAGUCCAUGAUGGGUCUGGGUGGAGACGAUGACAAGCUGGAGAACGGGGCCGGAGGAGGUGGAGGAGGCUUCUUUGAAUCCUUUAAGCGGGUCAUCCGUAGCAGAAGCCAGUCUAUGGACGCCAUGGGCCUCAGUAACAAGAAGUCAAACACUUUCUCCACUAGCCACAGUGGCAGCUUUACCCACAAUCCCGCAGAGAGCCCCAAAACCCCAGGGAUUUCAUUGCUUGUUCCAGGGAAAAGUCCCAGUAAAUAUGGACGCCGAGGCAGUGCCAUAGGAAUAGGAACAAUAGAAGAGUCAUUGAUAAUUCCUGGGAAAAGCCCGACCAGGAAAAAGUCUGGCCCAUUCAGCUCCCGCCGCAGCAGCGCCAUUGGCAUCGAGAACAUCCAGGAGGUCCAAGAGAGGAGCCGAGAGGUGUCACCCAGCACCCAGAGGACACCGGAGGGCAGCCAUUUCUCUCUGGAAAACAGAUCAGACAACUCUUCCAAUCACAGCUCUCCUGAAUUCCCUACUACUAGGAACAGUUUGGCCAUGUGUUGCAGGGCGCCGUCCAUCCCCGAGGCUCAGGACCUUUCCCGCUCGUCUUCCAACGCCAGCAGCUUUGCUAGCGUUGUGGAGGAGCACGAGGCAGAGGAUGAGUACGACACUGGACUGGUGUGUGGAGAAAAGCAGAGACAACACAUAAUGAAAGAAAGUGCGUCUUGUGUUACGCCACUCAAGGGAGAGUCAUUUACGUACGGCUCAGUGGAGGAAAGUUUGUGCAGUGCAACCCAGGGGAGUGUUCCAGCAGCAUCUCGUCUGCAGCAGGAACCGGAUGGAGUGAAGAGCUUGGAGCCCAAAGCGACAGACAGCCGGCCCAAGACAGAGCGGCCCUCGCUGGAGCACAAAUCCUCAUCGAACUGUUAGCCACUCUGCUCUGAUCAUUGUAUCAACGUCCAUCUUCAGCAUUGCCAUUAGAGGCAUUUUUAGCCAAAAAUGAGCCAAGGGCCAUGUGAUCCACUGACACAGAAGAGGAGCAGAGGAGAAGGCAGAUCCACAGACUGACAGAUCUUCCUUUGUAUGUUUGGCUUGGAUCCGCUGACUGGACAUGAACACACCUAUCGUCUCUCAUUCCAGCUCCAUGGGGAACCCCGUAAGCUCAAAGCUUUGGAAAAGACACCUUCUCAGUCAUGCAGCAUCAUUACUGACUGUCAUCUAUCAGCUGACUUAGCAGAAUAAGCCUGGCUGUGUUCUCAUUCUUAAAGCCAGUAAGCUUUAGAACUGAUUCUUCUCGUGUGUCGUCUUGACAAGAUCAGGGUAAGAACUGGGGUUUAAUAAUAGUGAUUCAAAUCACAACCGAUUAAACAACUGCUGUUUGUUUAGCUUGUUAAACAGUCUAUAGAGAGGAGAGCUGCACUAGAAAGAAACAUGUUUUUUUUAAAUGUCAACCUCUCAUCCCACUGUGAUAUUGUCCAUGGGUUUAACUUUGAUGUACCAGGUGUGUGUGUGUGGCUGUCUGGCAAGGCCACUUUUUGUGUUUUAUCAAUCUUUUCUUCUUCUGAAUAUUCUACUGUGGAUAUUUGUCGUGUUUUACAACAGCUUCGUUCAACCUGUCAUGUUUUUAACGGAGGGUAGGCUACUUCUAUGCUGUUGUUGAUGGCUGUAAUGGGAUCAGUCACCUUCCUCCUAGGUUGGCGAUGGGUAUUAUAUGGCACAGAAAUUGUCUGCAAUUUUUAAUUCAAAAUUAAUUCUGUAAAAAUAAAAAUACAAUAGAAAUGCUAUUUAGUAAAAAAAAUAUGAGUAAAAAGCAUACUUACUGUAGUGCUCCAACCAGCAACAUGCAUCCUCAAUCCAUACGUCAAGGAACUGCUGUUAAGACCUUUGUCCCACACCACUUGUUGACUCGAUGUCUGUGUACAAGUGUGUGUAUACAACAGUGCUGUGCAUGGUGUAAAUCUGCUUGCCAAAAACCUCUGUACACUGUUGCCAUGCUUGACAUAGAGGUGUUGUCCCUGUGAUUUGUGUUUAAUCAGAAACCAGCCAACAUCUCCAGAUGCACUGCACAUCGCUGAUAGAGAGCCAAAUGUUUCACAGUUUAUUUGUAAAGUGUAUUUUAUGUCCGUGACCCUAAGCACUACAUUUGCAGAGUUAUUUUGAAUGGCGACCUCUUGGAAAACCCUUUUUUUUGUUGCUGAAUAUGAAUUACACUGUGACUCCUCUUGAACUUGCCUUUUAAAAUGAUUGUGUCAUGCGAGCUGCUUUGAAGGACUGUCAUAUAGGAAGGCACUGUGUUGCCGCCCGCUGGCUUGAAUGUAAAAAUGUAGGCAGACAUUUAUUUAUUCGUACAUAUCUGCCCCGCUGAAUGGUGAACUGUGUUAUCUAAUGACCGCAGAAACCAUGAGUCUGAAAAGAUUUUCAGUUUUUCAGUUCAUGAUGAAGGAAAGAGCCGACACAUGGAGUUCAUUUCAGUAAUAUGACUGUAGCAGACAUCAGAUUUAUUGUCUUUGGGGAAUUAAAGACAGCAUUAAUAGAGACACUGGACCAAAUGCAAAACAGCCCAAACAGGAUUCAUCAAGCUACAAUCUUUUGCUUUCGACUUGAAAAAAGACAUUGAAAAGAUAGAAAGAUACAUUUUUGGUAAUAAUUACACAUAUGUGUAUUAGAGGCUCUGAAAUUGAUUCACAAAAAUAAUGUCAGAUGAUUUUCCUUUGGACUCUCGAAAUGCUUGACUAGAUGACGUGCGCCCUCUUGUGGCGAUGUAGUAUUUAUAGCACAUCACUAUGUGGUACCGUUCAUCUUACUGUGCUUGCCCCAAAACCACAACAAAAGAAGGGACCCUUCUAUGUACUCCAUUCAGAUGAUUGUAUUUCUGUUCUCGUCAGCUUAAGCCCUUGUUCAAAAGACAUGUUUGUAAAUAUUGCUUUACAUCUUUCUUUGUAAAUAAAGCCACCAAAAAUGUUUAAUAAAGAAGAUGAUGCAUAUUA